AUGGCUCUUGGAAAAACUCUUGGAGAAACUCGUUCAGGCCAUGUCGAGGGCACCACAUCCUACGCUUGGGACGCCAGCCCCGACUCGGAAUAUUCAUCAAAGUCUGAUGAAGACAAAAACGAGGAGGUUACCCGAGUAUCGCUUGGAAACCUCAUUGGCCCGAUCCACAACCAUGACAACUUCCCGUCCGUCCAGACUACAAAGUACACAUACUAUCUCUCGACAGGAUCCCAGCCAAUGCGUAAUUGGCUCGGGCAAAGAAGCCCGGUCAUUGCGAAGAGCGACGGCAGUGGUUUUCUUAUUCAUGGGAGAUGGAUUUCAGGUUCUCGCAGAUUUGACGAGAUCCCCGUCAUUUCGUUCGAAGCCAAGCGACGCCACGCCGCGCGGAUGCUCGUGGGGAACUGGAAGGAGGGCUAUUGCAAGAACAUAUUAGGACAGGAAGUCGCUGAGCUUCUCGGCCAGGCGAUCGAGAGCAGUCGCCAGGUGUCCACCACUACGUGGGUCGACCAAGAAGCAUUCGUAAUCAGCGUGCGCGCUACCAAUUGA